CAGGUUGCAGUUGGUGGAGCCGCCGCGAGAAUCCGCCCGGGCUGUCGCGGAUUCCAGUUGAGCGCGAGACAGAAAAGGGAGUGGAGUGACGCGGUCGCUGAACGGUUGGGAGGGUUGCCUGGCGAGUUCCUUUUUGGACUGGGGCGCGGCUACAGCCAUGGAGGUCUCGCCGCCGCUGCAGUCGCUCGCCCGGGGCUGGGGAGGGUCUACGGAGGUUGCACCCGGGACCCAGCUCCGUCUCGGCACCGCGCCGGGAGAGCCACAGCGCGCCUGAGGGCGGCCUCGAAGCUUGCUGAGGGAGGUCCGGCAACGAGCUUGGGUACCAAGCAGACCAGCAGCGGCGCGGCACACCGACUCGGCCUCUCUGUCGCCGGCGCCGCCGCAGCAGUCCCGGAGGGGGAGGCGCUUGGCUCUGGCGGGGGGCCGUCUCACAGAGGACGCUGCCGAAUAAACCGGCCUCUCUCCCUCACCCCCUUCCUCAGCGCUUCUUCCCAGGAGGGACAGUCCCCCCCCCCGCCCUUUCCACGGGCCGCCCCCGGAGAGACCAAGCUGCGCCUCUUCAGCCGCUUUUCCCUCCGUCCCCUUGGCUGAAAUUGGGAGGCAGGCCGACUCAUCGGAAAGCCGAAGAGAAGGACUUCUUGGCUUCUUAAGGAUCAUCUUCUCUGUAAAGCUUUGUGGUGCAAGGAUUUUUGUCUCACGGGCUGUCUUCCUGCCGACUGCGGUAGCGUUUUGAAUAUAUAUAUAUAGCCUUAUUCAGAGUUGGUUGUCUUAAAAGAAAAAUCAAGAGGGCGCCGGGUUUCUCUCUUCUAAAACCCUUAUCGUUUUAAGCUUCCUCAACUGGCUCAGUGGACGGAAAGGGCUGCGUUUAUCUGCCAGGCACUCAGGAUGGUUUUUCCUCUUCGUAUGGUUGUAAUCUCUUUUUGACUUUGGUAUGGAAUGAAUAGUUGAUGGAUUUCUGUUCACUGUCGACCUUAAUCCAUUUAUUUGGCGAAGUGUUGAUGAUGAAAAUAUAGCAAAGACACUUAUAAGGGUUAAAGAUGAUGCUAAAGUGUGUUUUACCUUCUUGGAACUGUUUACCUGCUGUGCCCGUUUUGGUCCUAUUUAAUUGUUGUACUUUCCUAGCUAGUGCGGAUAAUACAAAUCAAGCAUAUUAUUCAGCCCUGGUAAACGUGACUGUGUGGAAUUCUGAGCGUUCUACACCGACUUUACUAAGACUUGAUCGUGGACGCUAUGGGCAGGACUCUCCCAAAGUAGCUGUCAAAGGUCUGCUUGUAGCUCCUUUACCAAUCAAUGGAGUUUCAGAUCGUUUAGGCUGUGAUUCUCGAACACGGUUUCAAGUUCCUCCAAAUACCAAACAGUGGAUUGCCUUGUUGCAGCGAGGAAAUUGUACCUUUAAAGAAAAAAUACUGCGCGCAGCUUCACACAAUGCUUCAGCUGUGGUAAUUUACAACAAUGUAUCCAGUGAGGAGCCUGUAACUAUGACUCAUCAAGGAACUGGAGACAUUGUUGCUGUCAUGAUAACAGAAUCAAAGGUUAAAGAGAUCCUGAAUUACUUAGAAAAAAACAUGUCUGUCCUAAUUACAAUAGCAGUUGGAAACCGCCAUCAAGCAAAAAAUGUUAAUCGGAGCUCUCUUGUCUUUGUAUCAAUAUCAUUUAUAGUUUUGAUGAUAAUUUCUUCAGCAUGGUUAAUAUUUUAUUUCAUCCAAAAGAUCAGAUAUACAAGUGCUCGUGAUCGAAAUCAGCGCCGUCUUGGAGAUGCUGCCAAGAAAGCUGUUGGCAAACUGACAACAAGGACUAUCAAGAAGGGUGAUAAGGAAACAGACCCAGACUUUGACCAUUGUGCUGUCUGCAUCGAAAGUUACAAGCAAAAUGAUGUUGUCCGCAUUCUGCCUUGCAAGCAUGUUUUCCACAAAACCUGUGUGGAUCCCUGGCUCAGUGAGCACUGUACCUGUCCUAUGUGUAAACUGAACAUAUUGAAAGCCCUGGGAAUUGUGACAAACGUUCCAUGUGCUGACAAUAUGGCCUUUGACAUGGAAAGGCUCACCAGAGGCCAGCUGGGCAACAGGAGAUCAGUACUUGGUGAACUUAGCAGUGGCAGCACACUCAGCCUGGAGCCCCUGCAUACCUCUGGUAUAUCACAGUUUCCACAGGAUGGGGAAUUGACCCCAAGGACAGGAGAGAUCAACAUUGCUGUAACUAGUGGCCAUUUCUUCCACCGUAAUUCUCUGUCUCCUCGGAGCCUGGUGUAUGAGAAUGACUUCUCUUCAAUGGAGCCUGUCUUGGACAUAUAUGAUGAGAACAAGACCUGAAGGGGAUCUGCAUUCUUCUUGCUUUGCUCUCUUCCCCUUUUCCUUUUCUGUUUCUCAUUCCUAUUAUUGUGUACUCCUUCCAUGGGUGUUCUUUGUCUGAAGAAGAGCGACCUUUUCCAGAACAUGUGCCUGGCUGCCAGGCUGCAAAGGUGAAGCUCAGCUGAGGCAAUAUUGGAGGAUAAGCGGAUGAAGAGUGUGCACCACAAGUCGGCUGUUGGAGCUUGCCGAGUUAAAGCUGUCAUUAGCAGUGCCAGCAUAAUGGUUUCAGUAUGCUAGAGGUUUUGCCGUACUCAGUUUUUAAUUUUGUACUACAGUUACCUCUCUUGAGUAGGCACAUGGUAUUUCUCUUUUUUACAAAAUUGCAGUGUUUUGCCAGCUUAGUUGCCUGUUGGAGGUAGAGGCGAAAAUACUCCAGCUAUUCUUCAUUCUGUCCUUAAACUUACAUUGAACAUCCCAGUUCCAAAGGGAUUUAUGAGAAAUGUACUGACAUUCCAGCUUGCCAUUUAAUUGGCUGCUGGCAGAACAAGCUAAUAUUAUAGCAUCGUUUUGACUGUCAGCCUCAGUAUACAAUGUUGGGGUUUUUCCACCGCAUUGUCAAGGAUAUAUACGGACAAAAGCUGCUUAGAAAAAAUGCAAAAAAAAAAAACCCCUAACAGCCAUUUUCCAGCCUUCCUGUUGAGGGAAUCUCUAACUUAAAGAUGCUGCUGAUAUUUAUAAAACCAGUAUUUGACCUUUAGAUCAUAAGACUAAAGAAAAAAACAGAAAUCAAAAUGAGGUUAUUGCUUGGUUUUUAAAAGAGCUGUUCUUUUUCACUCUGAUUUUUUAAAAAGCCAGUAUGUUGGCUUUAUAUACUAAAAUGGCUGGAAACUUCCUUCCUACACGUUUUUACCUGAGAUAGCUGUAACCAUGAAGCAACACACCUUUUCUGAAGCCAUGCCUUCUCCAGAGGACUUCAAUAUCAUGAAUGCAGGGCGGAGGAGAAGAAAUGGCUGAAGAAGAAAUCUUCUGAUUUAACAACUGCAGACAUGAACAGCUGAAAACAAAGACAAUUUUGUGUUUUUUAAGAAUCAUCAAUAGUGUUGCUUAUGCAGAAAUCAACCAACACCAGAUUUGGAUUGUGCAACUAGAACAGCUUUCCUUCAGGAUGCUGUGUAAAUGUUAGAACUGACAAGUGUCAUUUUCUUCCCCAUUGAAACUCUGAGCUGCUGAAGCGUUAGAAAUAGUAUCACUGUAGUGUGAACAAAAGCUUCAUACUCUAGGAAAGUUGAUUGCAGAAGAGACUAAGGAGGUAAGGGGGUGUCUUAUCAUCGUUAGACAGCUUAUGAUAUUAGCGGAAAGGUGGAGGGGAAGAAUUUUUUUCCUGCAAAAAAUAGGCUUUCACAGGGUUUUCCCUAUCCUGUAAUGUAGUGAUGCUGUGACAUUUAUGUGCUAACUGGAAACAAGCUGUUUGUAGCAGAAUGCUUAGUUUGUAUUGCCCGGUUGGCCAUAUUUUUUCUGAUAAUUCUGGACUGAUGAGUGAUGCAGAGCAUAAGGACGUGAUCCUGGUGGUCUCUUGUUUCAUGUCUGUGCUAGGUAAGUUUUCAUGUACUCUGCUAACAUGAGAAAUUCUAAAGAGAAUAUUUUUUAAAGCACAGUCUUAAACUACUGGGGAUUUACAUUUGGAAGAUUUGAUGGAGAACAUCAGUGACGCUACUUUGAAUAUACAAAAACAAAAGUCCUACAUUCAUUUUUUUCCUCUUUUUCAAGCCACCAGUUUUAGGGAGAUAUGCAAUAUGAAAAGCAAAUCAUUUAAUGCUAAAUACUCUCUUAUGGCAAAGUAUAGGGCUAGAACAUAGAAAGGAAAAGCCAAAAAUCUAUACAUCUCAUAUUAUAUCUAAAGUAAUAAAUCACACUGUUGGUUGAAUAGAAAUUAAUUUAAAAACUGUAAACUGCUGACUUCUAGGGGUAGGUUGGAGUGUUCAAAAUAGCUGUUGUUGGAAUAGAACAAAAAAAUUUGACAUUAGAUUUGUAAAUGAUCAAACAAAUACCCUUUAUGCAGUAAUUCUCCCAGCUCAGAGAAGAUGCCAUAAAAACCUCUGAUACGGGUCUAAAAUAUGAUUAGUUUCUUCUGGAUUGGGACCAGAGAUGGGGAAUGGUAUAGUGGCUUAAUUGUUUGGUCAUAGAUUUUUAUUACAGUAGUGUUAUUACUAUAUAUGUACAGUUUUUAGUAAGGUUCCCGCCUUCCUCUCUAAUUGAAAAGUUUUCAAGUUGGAGUCGUUAUAUGGAGGUGACUAGGGUACCUUCUGAUUUCAUGGUUUGAAUCUUCAUUUAUGUCUCACAAGCAGGGAAUUCCCCCAACAGACAAUUGUCCACUUGUCAAACAGUAAUGUGAACAUACAAGCCAACUCUGGCUGGCAGUAGCUGUCUACUGCGUCAGGUACAGGUCUUUCCUUCUACUCAGCCUGCAACCUGAGAUCCUUUGGGAAUUGAUUUGGCAGCUUCUGCAUGAAAGCAUGUGCUCUACCACUGAGCUACAGCCUGACUGCAGAUUAUAAUAGUUGAAGCAGAUUGCAGUGGGUUUAGCUGAUUCUGCCACGGGUAAUAUUUCCAUUUGGUAUCUGAGGCAUUACCAAUGGUCACUUACCUGAGAAUAUAGACAAAGCUCCGAAAAUAGAAUAUGGAAAUUUGUUUUAUUAACUGCAGUUUCCUUUUGCGCAUGUUGUUCUGCCUCAGUGUUGUGUAGUAUUGUGUACCUCAAUAUGUAUUGGCUGAUGAAGAAACGUGUAUGAAAUAGCUACUGGAGCACAUUCCCUGUUUGAUACGCAGCAUUCAAAAAAGGCAUUCAGUUUAGCUCUCACCCAGCUUUUCAGAUAUUACAUUUGCUUUUCUGCUAAGCCAUAAAACUCAAAUUGCCCUGUGAGCAGUAAAAGCAAUAUAAACUCUCAUCAAGAAAGGGCCUUCUGAUUUUUGGAGCUCCGUUGUGCUAUGCCAGAUGUCAAUGUCAGUGCUACCUUUUAUCUCAUAUGAGCCCUCGAAAGCACCAACUUUUACAUUUUGUUAUAAAGUCUGAGACUGAAUACUGUAAGAUGAAUUAAUAACUGAAUUAAGAUUACACAUGGGUUAUUUUAAUAGAUGAUAACUAGUGGUAAGAGGUCAAACACUUACUUAUCUUCAUAAACCUUCUUAUACCCAAGGUAGCUUUUUCAGAAUUAAGAGUGCAAUUGGAUAAGGUAUGGAAGAUCUAUGACUGGGUUUCUUGAUGUCUUUAAUAUUAUUAAACAUUCAUCCACCAAGGAGUAGCUUUGUUUUUGGGCAGAGUGUUAACCCAUUCCUCUUGAACCAUGCUCCUAGGUUGCUAUAAGCUUGACUAGGAGGAAAGAUAAGAUUAUCUUAUUUUCGCUACCAAAGCUAAUAACAACUCAGAAGGGAUGGGAUCUCUACUGUAGAAAUGUUGUGUGUGUGUGUGUGUGUGUGUGUGUGUGUGUGUGUGUGUGUGUGUGUGUGUGUGUGUGUGUGUGAACUACUUGUAAAACAAAAUUAAACACAUCACGUGUCUCAGUCAGGAUGUAUGUGUCAUCCAGUUGUGUCCCAGAUUAUAGGCUAGCCAUAUUUUCUAGUAAAAUGUGCACUAUUCUUAAGACUGGCAUACAUGUGCAUAUUGACCAAAAUGUGAUUGACAGUAAUUACUAAGGACUGAGGGCUGUGCAUGGAUUUAAUUUUCUGAUUUCAUGUACCGGUAUAUGUCACCAUCUCAUAAAGGGGAUCAUAAUUGUAGUGUGGAUAACAGUACCAAAACAAGUAGCUAUUGUACUGAAGUGUUUUAAAACUUCAAGACUGUUCUAGCCCUGGUCACCAAAUAUAUUUCAAACAGAAAGUUCUUGAAUCACAUUUGUAAGAUGGCGGCUCAUGUAUUAAGAUGCUACUCAGUCUGUGUGCUAAGAAAUGCAGCAAACACAACUUAAUUCAGAUAUUUGGAAUAUAUAAAUUUUCCUAAACAGCAAUUAUUAAAUUGUGUAUAAUGCAGUUUUAUCAAAGAUAAGGCAAUUUGUGGACAAACUCCUGAGAAAGGCAGCUUUUAUGUUCCUUGUCUGAUCAACAGCACAAAUUGUAUGAAUGGGAUCAGUUCCAUUUAUUUCUACUAGGAAACCUUUGUUUUAUUGUUGUCUGGAUAUGACCAUCUCUUUAUUUUACACAUGCCACUAGAAAUUAGAAACUUUUGGCUUCUAAUUUUACAGCAUUUUGCAGAGCAUCAAUCAAUCUGAAACUAGCUGUACAUGGCAAUAAUAGAUGCUAUCCCACACACAUGUAUAUGGUAACCACUUUAACUAUGUCAGGUUACGUUGCAGCAGGCUAAGAAUUUAAGAAUUAUAUUUCUUUCAUCAGAGAAUUCCCUGGAUUUUGCAUGGGCCUGUGAACCAAAUUGCACAACUAAUAGUGUGUAUAGAAUUAUAAAUAAACUAACCAGUGACUCAGUGCCUGGAAAACACA